AUGUCGCAAUCCUUAAAGGGUUUCAUUUGUUUGUUGAUAUUGUUGAGUGUUGCUGUGAUUCAAGUGAAUGGACAAACAAACUCGACAAUUUCCAAUUCUACCAUCACAAAUUCAACUAGUUAUGCUACCAAGGAUGAAGUGGCAGCAUUGAGUUAUCAAUUAUCACUUCUUCAAGUAGUUGUUAUUGUAAACUCUGCCAUUGUUGGAUGUUUACUUCUUGUUGUUGGUGCUCUAACAUCUAUUAAAUGUUAUGAGGAUUACGAUCCAAACAGUGGAGUGAGAGUGGAAGAUCCUCUCUGGUUGAAAUUAUUUGAAAUUUUCAAUUGGUUUGCAGCUUUGGCCCUGUGUCAAUGUUUCAAAAUUGCAAAACCAAAGAGUGGAAAGAUACAAGUAAUUGAUACUAUAAAGUGGAGAGAAUGGCAUAAGAGAGAUUUAGAGUUGCAAAAGGAAAUAGUCGAUGAGAAUGAAUUGAACAAUCAAGAGGAAAAUGCUGAGACUGUAGAAUACACAGAAAUUUAA